AAUAAAAAAAAAACAGAUCAAUUUGUUGGUGUUGGGGAUUCCAAUCGAAAUUAUUGUGAUAAAAUGGCUAAUAACUACGGCAUAUCAGAUGCCGAACUGAAUGUUAUAAAACAGCAGGCGACACGUCGUGCUGCUAUGCGAAAAGAAUUCAUAAAACAGAAAACCAACCCUUGGAAACAUGCUUCAGAGGCUGGUUAUGUUUUUGAUCCGGCUGUGCAAAAGUUCAUGUCAAUGAAAGUAACUCAAUUUGAUCACUUCAAACCUAGUAUGAGGACCAGCUUAUUUGGAAUUUGUGCUACUAUUUUGCCCAUGUUAGGAUAUGGUUAUUUGGUUUGGAAUAGUCGCAACGACCGUGAACAACUGAUAAGAACAGGAGAACUUCGCUACAGAGAAAGACAAUUCAAAUUAGCAUAAAAGUAUUUAAACUUAAUGAUUGUAUAGU